AUGAAUCUUCAAGGUCUCGUAUGGGCAUGUCUCGCCGCAACGGCUCUGGCCCAUGGUGGCCAUGAAGCCGUUCCUGAGGGCGAAUCGAUCUCCAAAGAUCCCAUCGACGGAACGCUAUGGACCCAUAUGAUUCUCAUGGGUCUGGCCUUCGGAAUCAUCUUUCCCACUGGAAUGGUCCUAGGUAUCGUUCGUUCCCGCUGGCACGUACCACUGCAAACCGUCGGCACCGUUAUUGCUGUUUUGGCCUACUUCCUCGGCCACGCCCACAAGGGUCGCCAAUUCGAUAAGAAUCUCCAUGCCUCGUUCGCGAACUGGCUUAUGCUCAUGCUCGUCGCACAAAUUGUCCUGGGCGUGUACCUCAAAUUGCAUCUCGAGAAGGCAGGACAGGCGCGGAUUCGGUGGAUUUUCGUCCUUGCGCACGGUAUCGUCGGAAAGAUCAUGCCAGUUGUGAGCUGGGCGCAGAUGUUGUUCGGUGGUAUUGCUGCGCUGGGCUUCUGUCGCGAUGAUCAUCUCGGUCAAUGUCUGGCGCAUUUCAUCAUGGGAUCUGCGUUCAUCGGAUACGGCAUCUGCUUGACGAUUUUGCUGCUUGUUGGCCAGUUCUGGCUCCGCAAGACCGGUCGCAGUCAGGAAUUCUUCGAUUCUUUGAUCAUCGCCGCCUGGGGUUGUGUCAAUACAUUCACCGAGCACCGCUGGGGUGGACCCUGGGUUCACAAUGAUCUGCAGCACACUACCAUGGGUAUUGUCUGGUGGUGUGCUGGUUUGCUGGGCAUGUGGCUAAGCCGCAGCCGCUCUGGCCGUCCUAAGCGCAACCUUAUCCCCGCCAUUGUGAUCAUGCUCACUGGGUAUGCCAUGUCAGCUCAUACUCAGGAGCUGAUGAUUAGCACUAUGGUUCACUCCAUCUUCGGUUAUACCCUCAUGGGCGCUGGUCUUACCCGUGUUAUUGAGAUUUCUUUCGUUCUCAAGGACAAGCCUGCUCUCUCAGAGCCAAACAGCUUCCAAUACCUGACUCCCUUUUUACUAUAUGCCUCUGGUUUCCUUUUCUUGGGUGCCACUGAGGAGCAGAUGGUCAUGCUGAACAACGCUGGCAUCAUGCAUGUAUCCUAUGUCUUGAUCCUGUACAGCAUUGCAUUCAUCGUCUUCCUAUUUGUCAAUGUCCUCCUUCAUAUUUAUGCCGUUCACGCUUGGCCCAACUCCGAGUCCACAGACCAAAACGGACCCAAGUACACCAAUCUCAACGCAAACGCCAAUGGCCAUGCCCGCUCCACCUCGCAGCAGAUCCAGGAUGCCGAGGCCUUCGAGCUUCAUGGCUUGAUCUCCGAUGACGAGGAGGGCCCAUCCAUGGGACCUCGCAAGAACAGUGAUGAAGAGCUCGGAAAAGAGGCAUCACGCCACUGA